CUCCAUCCCACGGGGAGGUCCCCGACCGGCUCCCUCACCAGACGCCCUCGCGUCGCGAGAAGAUCGCGACGAAAAGGCAAUCAGAUAAUUCUGCUGCGCCGCUCCCGACCUCCAGGGGCGCCUUCUCCGGGCCCCGGGACUGUCAGAACACGGCUCGGGCCGAGAAGCCGAUCCCCGGGCGGGGGCCCAGGCCGCUGACGGCCGGGUGCAUCAAAGAAAGAAUCUCGACCUCGGAGGCCCAGGUUCUGCAGGACCAGGGGAGGGAGGAGGAGGAGGAGGAGGAGGAGGAGGAGGAGGAGGAGGGACGACGCGGAGCGUGGCGAAGAGAGGAGAGACUAGCAGGGCUGGGAGCAGAAGGGGGAGCAGCUCCGCCGAACCCCGCCACGGGGCAGGCAGAAGUAGCUGCAGGUGGACCUCAAGCAAAAAAGGCAUCCGAGGCACUCGCGGGCGCGGGCGGCAAGGCGUCCAAGGCUCCAGUGUUCGGCGAGGCGCGGCUGGAUCUGCCCGCGACGCUCGAUGGACCCUGGCCGAGCCUCCGUGCCGCGAGGGCGGUAGGAAUAGGGGGACAAACAGAAGGCGCCAGCUGCUCACCUGCCGCGCGCCAGGGAGGGGGGGCAGCGCCGAUCCGAGACAUUCGCGCGGACCUCCGAGUUGUUAUGCUCAUCUGGCGGGGAGCCGACGGCGACGCCCGGAGAGCCUCGAGCGCCGACCGCAGCCCAGGAGCCGCGGCGCCCUCCUCUCUCGGCGCCUCGGCCCCGAGGCUGGAACGCCGGCGGAGGGCCGACGGCGACGCCCGAGGCACCUCGAGCGCCGGCCGCACCCCAGGAGCAGCAGCGCCCGCCUCUCUCGGCGCCUCGGGCGCGCAGCCGGCGCCCUGCGAGCACGCGCGCAGACGUCCGCCGGAGGGUGCGAGGCGGCGGGGGGUUCGGGCGCCGCCCUCGCCAGCGCGGCAUGCACACGGCGGGGAGGGUCGGAGCCGGGAGCGGGGGGGGGGUCGGCGGGGGGAGGAGAACAGAAAGGAGGGUGACGGACCCACUACCAUUGAAGCAAAUGCCACAAAGAGUGACGAGCGAUGCAGGACCACAAGGCGCUCAGGGAACUAUAAAAUCCCAGAGCCUGCCCCCCUGCGCCCAAUGGUAAUGCAACCUCCUGGCGCGGGCCACGCGCCUACACGGCAUGCACAGAGAGUAUGCACAUCGCACACCUUGCGCCGGGCCAGAUGGGUCCGGGUGCUGUCGAGAAAACUCCGGGCGAGCCGACGCAACGGUGGUAGGAGCUCUAGAAGAGGAAAGAAGGGCAGAAACUUUUGGCGAUCCGCGCAGAUUUCUUCGAUCUGCGCUGGGCCCUACUCCCUGGCGCGCGCAGCGCACCAGGGGCGGCGCCAGAGGCGCCGCCCGUGGCGGAGGAGGAGGAGGAGGAGGAGGAGGAGGAGGAGGAGGAAGGAGAAGAAGGCAGCCCAGCUGGACCAAGAGAAAGAGCCUGGAGGCAAUUAAACCGAUGAGCUUAAAACAAACAAGCGUCGCUUUGCAAUAGCUAUAUCAGUCCAUCCCUCCCGUCUUCCUCCUCACUUUCUCAUCAUCCUCGUCCUGAUUUAUGGAAGCAUAGGGACAUAAAGUUAGACACCGAAGUUACUGAAGUGCAGGGCACGUCUGAGCUGCUGGCUGCAAACUAGGCCGACGAACUUACGCGUAAUCGGAAAAUGGAGCCCACAAAUCCGAAUGUAUAACUUGACAGUGUGCUGCACAUGCGUGGGCAAUCGCAACUUGACUGCAGGACACGUCCGAGAAUAUACCAAGCCGGCAUGAGGAAAAUACAAGAAUUGGGGCCCCAGAGUGCGAACGCAAGGCCUGCUAGCUAGGGCCUAACCUCGCCCGGAGACCGUUGGUUGGAGUCCACCAGCACACGAGCGCACGUCACAUCCACUCGAGGGACCUUGGCUGCCUGAAACCAAGCGGCCUACGCAUGAAAAUAUCAAGCCUCACUGCGCCUCACCCGGUGCUUUCUGGCCUCCUUGAGCUCCACGGUGGGCUUGGGAAAGGGGCGCCGCACCCCAUGUGCAAGAAUCACUGGCUUGCACUCGUCCGGCACCAACUUGUGCAUGAUGGGACUGUUCCGCGAUUGAAUGCUUGAUGUUUGCGCUCAACCCCUGCAGCCGGCUCCACUCCGUACUGCAGGCGUUGGAGGCUGAGAAUGGAUGCCCACUGAAACCGUCGAAGAAACCCUUGAAGCACUCGGCAGCCGCCACUGUGGUUAGAUUGACGAAAGCGUACCCGGUGCCCUCCGAGGUCUCAAAGUCGACGGGGAGGUAGACAAAGUUGAAGCGCCCCGCGUAGCCGCGGCUGUCCAGCAGGUCGAUCAGCGCCUCGCGCCUCCAGCUGCGGGGGAGGCCGCGCAGCAGCACGGUGGUGCACCCGGGAGCCCCUGGCCGAGCCUGGGCCUCUGCCGCGCCGCGGCCGCCCUCGCGCUCGGCGCCGGCGCCGACGAGCGCCGCCGCGCACCAGGUGCCCGGAGCGGCCGUCGCCGGGCGGAGCGCGGAGACGAAGGGCCUCGACUUCGUGCUGAGCGGCGUGCGAGCGCCCGCGCCCGCGCGGGGGGGCAGCGCGCACGCGGGGGCGCCGCGCCCGGCCGCCAGCCGCACGGGCAGCUGCGCGGGCGGGCCGCAGGCCUGGCCCGCCGCCAGGAGGGGCCCGUCGUCGUCCACCAUGUCCGCCCACAGCAGCGCCUCGGUGAGCCGCCGCUCCUGGCCGCAGCCAGCCACGGAGUCCCCGUCGGAGGAGCCCUGCAGGGCAGCUGCGGCGCCGUCCUCGUCGGAGCGCGGGCGGUCUGGGCCCCGCCUUUCGGAGGGCGCUGCCUCCGCCACCGCCUGGCGCAGCGCACAGGGGUCCGACCUCGGGCUUUCGGCGGCCACGGGCGCCAUCGAUACGGUACUAGGCACGAAAGUGCGUGUGGCCGUGUGUGUGUGUGUGGAAUCCAACCGGGCCCUCUGGGCGCAGGCGGCUUCUGAUGAGAGCUCGCAUUAUGAUGAUCAGUAUCCUUCUUCUUACCAUGAGUGC